AUGGAUCAUUCAAUUGCUGUACAGCAGAUUUCGGAGCGGGUUGCCGACUUCCACCGUCGUCAACAACCCUUUCGCAUCUACCAUGGCUCAACCAACAGUACCCGGCCAGCCAAUCACUCUCCAUCCACCACUGUGAGCACAGCUGCACUCACCCGCGUUCUGGAAAUCAAUGAAGAUGGCUGCACCGCACUCGUGGAGCCCAAUGUCCCCAUGGACUCUCUCGUCGCCGCCACCAAGGCAAAGGGCCUCGUCCCGUUGGUGGUCAUGGAGUUUCCGGGAAUUACCGUUGGAGGCGGCUUCUCCGGGACUUCAGGAGAAAGCAGCUCUUUUCGCGAAGGCUUCUUUGACCAUACCGUCAAUUGGAUUGAAAUGGUGCUUGCAGAUGGUCAGAUCGUGAGAGCAUAUAACGACCAUGUCGGAAUCGACAACAAAGGCGAGAAUGACGACUCAGCUCAAGAUUCACGGUCUGAUUUGUUCUGGGGCGCGGCUUCAUCGUUCGGAACUAUGGGUGUUGUGACAUUAUUAGAGGUCCGCCUGAAAAAGGCUCAACCCCUGGUCGAAUUGAAAUAUUAUGUUAGCUCCGAUAUGACAGAUGCGCUACGGGUAUUCCAGGAAGCGAGCGUGGACCCGGAGACAGAGUAUCUGGAUGGCAUCGUGUAUUCGCGAACGAAAAUCGUCGUCUGUGCCGGGAAACAAGUAGACGGGAAAUCGAGCAAGGGCUCAGUCCAACAGUUCACUCAACCGCGUGAUCAGUGGUUCUAUUUACAUACCGAGAAAAUCGCUAAACGUUCAACUUCAAGUCGACGAGAUACCUCUACACCUGAUGCAAUCGACUACAUCCCACUUCAAGACUAUCUGUUCCGCUACGAUAGAGGUGGUUUCUGGGUGGGCCGGUAUGCCUUCCAAUACUUCCUCACGCCGUUUAACUUCAUCACACGUUGGAUACUCGACUAUUUCAUGCACACGCGAGUCAUGUACCACGCUCUACAUGUGAGCGGUCUUGCCCGACAAUACGUGAUUCAAGACGUCGGCGUACCGAUAUCCACUGCAGCGGAAUUUCUGGACUGGCUCGACAUUCCAGAAAACUUCGGACAAUAUCCGCUCUGGCUCUGUCCACUUCCACCAGGAAGUGCGGGCGGACUAAUGAUCGAAGGUCAAGAAUCGGAACCAAAAUCAGAAUCGACCAACACCGAGCGAACGACUCUCAUGAACUUCGGACUCUGGGGCCCGUCAACAGCAAGCGGGCAGUCCGGCUUUGUGGCUCAAAACCGCGGUAUCGAGCACAAGGUCCAUGCCCUUGGAGGGAAGAAGUGGCUUUAUGCGCAUACUUACUACACCGAAUCGGAGUUCUGGGAUAUCUACAAGAAAGACGGAUACGAUGCUCUCCGCACAAAGUAUCAUGCCCAGCAUCUGCCGACUUUGUUUGACAAGGUUCGUGUACGCGAGUCGGAUCUUCCUGGUGCGCACCGUGGGGAGUUUGAAUCUGGGUGGAAGGGGAUGGUUAAGCGGACUCUUUGGGAUGUAUGGCCUUUUAGUGGACUCUAUGGAGUUUACAAGGCUUGGAGAGGUGGUGAUUAUCUAUUACAGAAGGAGGGCUCUAGCAAGAAGGGUGACUAG